CUCCCAUAAUUGGCCACAAAUUUAGGACCUAAGAACUCAGUAACGAAGCUAUUUCAAAACCCAAAAAAAGCAAGAAAAGGAGGAAAGAAACCAAACGAUGGAACAGAGCGCCUCCAUCAAUCUCUCCAGACCAAUCAGAUGCAUCGUCAAGCUUGGUGGGGCAGCAAUUACUUGCAAGAAUGAACUAGAGACAAUACAUGAUGAAAAUCUCAAGGAGGUUUCAUUGCAGCUGAGGGAAUCCAUGAUUGCGCAGUCGCCUUCUGGCAAGUUUCUCGGGAUGGAUUGGAGCAAACGAGCUGGAGAAUCAGAAAUUUCAUGCAGCAUAAAUGAUUUUAGUGCUGAGCCAGCAGUGGAUUCCAGCUCAUUUAUUGUUGUUCACGGUGCAGGUUCUUUUGGGCACUUUCAAGCUAGUAAAUCUGGGGUUCAUAAAGGAGGACUGAACAAACCUCUUGUUAAGGCUGGUUUUGUUGCUACACGCAUUUCUGUUACAAAGCUCAAUCUUGAAAUUGUUAGAGCUCUAGCUAGAGAGGGUAUUCCUUCUAUUGGAGUGUCUCCAUUUUCAUGUGGAUGGUCAACCAGUAUGAGAAAUAUAGUUUCAGCUGAUUUGUCUGCGGUGACUAACGCCAUUGAUUCUGGCUUUGUACCUGUUACCCAUGGAGAUGCUGUACUUGAUGAUGAACUGGGAUGCACCAUAUUGAGUGGAGAUGUCAUCAUACGACAUCUUGCAGAACAGUUCAAGCCCGAGUUUGUGGUUUUUAUGACAGAUGUUCUGGGGGUAUACGACCGACCACCAUUGGAUAGCAGUGCAGUACUCUUGAGAGAAAUUGCGGUGCAUGAAGAUGGGAGUUGGUCAGUUGUGAAGCCAACGCUUGAGAACAUGAAUAAAGUGAAAACAGAUGUAGCAGCUCACGAUACAACGGGGGGCAUGGAGACCAAGAUUUUGGAAGCUGCCAUGAUUGCGAAACUCGGAAUCGAUGUCUACAUUGUCGAGGCAGGAACAAGCCAUUCUUUGAGGGCCUUGCGUGGUGAAUUGAGAGGCAAUGUUCCUGAAGACUGGCUUGGGACAGUAAUUCGGUUUUUAAAAUGAUCUAACUUGAAUUGAAAUGACUUUUUUUUUUGUCCUCAUGGGCCAUUAACUUGGUGAUAAAGCGUACAAAACCCAUUGUUGAAGCUUCAAUGAGAGACGCUAAAGCUAUUAUUUUGUGGGGAAAAUGAGAUGAAGACGCAAUAAAUUCUGACAAAUUCAUAUUGCAAGCA